CAAGAUCAUAACCCGUAAUGCGAUCUCAAUGCAUGCAGACGACCAUUCACAUGCAUUUCACUCGAUCGUCUUAUCGUCAGUUAUUCUGUCAACGCCCACAGGAAGUAUUAUUGCAAACAAUUUUAUAUAAAGUGGGCCUCUUAUCGCACUUCACGCAAAGUGAUCAUCUUGGUCAAACGAGUCGAACAACCAUGGCAGAAAAUAUACGAAGCGCAAUUGCUGUUCUCACAGCUUCAUUCGUUCUAGCACAGCUAUGUUCAGCUAACACUUCUGCUGCUCAGCCAACUUCAGAUGUAGACAAAAUAACACGGCCUAAAACUGGCGCUUUCGUGCAAAAUGGGAAGUUUCAAAGUUCGACCGAAACCUCAAAGGACGACGAAUUGCGUGAACGCGCAGACGUCGUAAAUGUGCGUCGAACGUGCGCCAACCCAAAACAAAUGCGCAUGGAACUCCUUGUUCGUGUGAGCAGGCAAAUUUCCAAAGCAUCUACUGGCCAAAGGAGAUGGGAGAUGGCACACCCAAAACGUGGCGCAGCAAAUACGAGAAUAGACAUGUCCUCAAGUGAAAACGCUGAAGGGCUUAGAAAGCGCAUUGUGUAUCCUACUGCAGGUAAAUUAUUUAUGUGA